CCCACUGAGCCUGCAUAGAGGCUGACACCAUGGAGCUGGCAAGUGCAGUCUCCCUCUUCUUGGUCGCCUCCGUCUCCUGCCUCGUCCUGAUGUUCGUCCGGAGGAAGUCCUCUGCCAGGGGCCGGCUGCCUCCUGGACCCCCUCCUCUGCCUCUGGUUGGGAACUGCCUGCAGAUGAAGGCAUUCAAAACCUUGUCCUCCCUCCUCAAGCUGCGGGAAAAAUACGGCCCCGUCUUCACGGUCUACUUUGGAAACCGCCCGAUUGUGGUCUUGUGUGGCUACGAAGCAGUGAAGGAGGCCCUGAUUGACAAGGCGGAAGAAUUCUCCGGGAGGAAAACCAACCCUACCCUGCAGAAGACCUUCCAGGAUUACGGGGUGGCCUUUGCCAAUGAGGAGCGCUGGAAGCAGCUGCGCCGGUUCUCCCUAACCAUCCUGAGGAAUUUUGGAAUGGGGAAGAAAUCCAUCGAGGAGAGGAUUCAAGAGGAGGCCCGGUUCCUGCUGGAGGAAUUUCAGAAGACCCAAAAGAAGCCCUUCAACCCCAUCUUCUUCCUCAGCUGCGCCGUGUCCAACGUCAUCUGUUCGAUUGUCUUCGGCGAUCGCUUCGAUUACAAAGACAAGGAAUUUCUGGCUCUCAUGAAGAUGAUGAAUGACAGCUUUCGGCAAAUGAGCAACAGCUGGGCUCAGUUCUACGAUAUCUACGCCAACCUCCUGAAAUACUUCCCAGGGCCCCACACCAAGAUCUCUGACAUCCUGGAGGACAUAAGGCUCUUCAUUGCCAGGAGGGUGAAGAAGAACAAGGAGACCCUGGACCCCAACUCUCCCCGGGAUUACAUCGACUGCUUUCUCAUCCAGAUGGAGAAGGAGAAGGACAAUCCAGACAGCGAAUUCAACCAGAAGAACCUAGAGAUGACCACGCUGAGCCUGUUUUUUGGUGGGACGGAGACGAUCAGCUCCACCCUGCGAUACGGAUUUCUGUUGCUGAUGAAGUACCCUGAAGUGCAAGCAAAGAUGCAGGAAGAAAUCGACUGUGUGAUUGGCCAGAACCGGAUCCCCAACAUUGAAGACCGGAGCCAGAUGCCCUACGUGGACGCAGUUAUCCAUGAAGUACAGCGGUUCAGUGACCUCCUCCCCAUGAACGUGCCCCAUGCGGUCACCCGGGACACGGAAUUCAGAGGCUACCUUAUUCCGAAGGGCACAGAAGUCUUUCCCAUGCUCAGCACCGUCUUGCAUGAUGGCACCAAAUUUAAAAGCCCUGAAGGGUUCCACCCGGAGAACUUCCUGGAUGAGAAGGGGUGCCUGAAGAGGAAUGAUGCCUUUGUCCCCUUCUCCGCAGGGAAACGCAUCUGCCUGGGGGAAGGCCUGGCCCGGAUGGAGCUCUUCCUCUUCUUCACCACCAUCCUACAGCGGUUCCGGCUGAAGCCCGUGGUGGAGCCCAAGGACAUCGACCUGACACCCCAGGAAGUCGGCUUUGCCACCAUCCCACCCCUGUACGAGCUCUCGGUCAUCCCCCGCUGAGAGGAGGGAGCCAUGCGGGGGGGCGAGUGUGCCCUGCCUCUGGGCUCCUGUGCUUUUGCACCAGCUGGGCUUUCAGCAAGAGCUGCACGCAGUGGUGAAAUGUAAAAUUUGUUACUACCAGUGAUGUGGGCGUGGCUUGGUGGGGAUGUAAUAUGACUGAGUGGGCAUAGCCAACUUUUUUUUUUUUUUUUACUUUUAAAAUCAUUUUUUCUACAAUCUCUUCGGCUUUUUUUUAACAACCGCGCCAUCAUCAGAGGCUUUUUUUUUUUUUUUACUUUUAAAAGCAUUUUUUCUACAAUCUCUUCGGCUGAAGAGGUUGUUAAAAAAAUGCUAAAGCCUCUGAUGAUCCCAGCUGACUUGCCUGAUUAGCAGAAGCUUUUUUUCCUUUUAAAAACAUUUUUUCUAUAACCUCUUCGGCCAAAGAGGUUGUAGAAAAAAUGCUUUUAAAAAUUAAAAAUAAGCCUCUGACGAUUGCGCGGCUCAGCUGGGCAAUGGGUGGGGGAGAGGAAUUUUUGCUACCAGUUCUCCGAACCACCCGCCUCCAUCGCUACCAGAUCGGGCGACCCGGUCCGAACCGGGAGCAUUUCACCCCUGACUGCACGGUCCCCUUCUCUGCACCCCACCCGGGGCCAGGAUCUCUGAGGGGGAUGGGAAAAAAUACCUCUUCCAGGUGUUUGCCUUGAAAAUAUAAAGCUUUGCAAGGAUGCAGAUGAUCUGAA